AUGAAUUUGUUUCGAUCUACUUAUCUAUUAAUUCUCAGGCCAAUUAUCGCCUUGAGCUUAAUUAUACAGCUCGCAUUUUCACAGUUCAUGUCUUUAAAUCACAAACCAAAAGAAUUGGAGGGGCCCACUAUUAUUAAAAAAAUGCCUAGCAGUGACAUUUGUAAUCUUAAGGAAUUGGACAAAAUGUCUUAUAAUUGUAGCCCUUUAGAGAACUCCAAUAAUGCAGCUUAUUUGGAAAUUAGAUGUGAUUUGAUUUCUAAAGAAGACAGCAAUUUUCUUCUAUUAGGUGAUUGUGGUAAUCUUACUGAUUUAAAUGGUGAAUUAGUUUCUCUUAACCAUUGUAAGAAAUUUACCUGUGAUGUUGAAGAUGAUACUUUAGAUGAUACUUUAAGUUUACUUGUCAUAAAAGUAUCAGGAAAAGAUGAAUAUUUAAAAGCUAUGGAACACUUUAAAAGAGAUUUUAGAUUUAAAGAAUCUAUUAGAAAGAUGAAAUUAUCUCCUAUUCCUAUUCAUGUCUUGUACAAGAAAACUAAUCUUUUCUUAGAUUUAUCUAAUAGAUCCAAUACAUGGAUUUCACCAUUUUAUAAUAAAUAUAUUGCUUAUUAUAUUGGAUCUGAAGAACAUAUUCCAACUUUAGAUUGGGGUCUACAAAACUUUGAUACCAAUUUUCUCAAUAAUUUUAUUCAUACAAAAAAAGAGAUUGAAUCAGAAAGUUAUGAAAACACUGUUAUUGCAAUGUCUGAAUCAGUUGUUGCUAUUCUUUGGGUCUUAUCAACUAUUAUGGAGAUUUACUGGACUAGAGCAAUUGAUCCGUCUCUAACUAAUAUGGAUGGAUUUGACCCUCAAACAUCAUCUUUUGAUACUGGAUUAACCUGUAGAGCAUAUUGCUCUCUAAAUUUCUCAUCAUUCAUUUUUAAUAUGAAGCCUUUUACUGAUUUUGCUGCUCAUGAUAAUGUUCAAUCUGGUGAAGAUACAAAAAUUGAGGAUUUUUAUGUUGAGAAUAUUAAAGAGAUCUUUUUAUACUCUAAGAUUGACUUAGAUGCAUUUUACAUUGCACACUCCCCCAAUGAAAUUAAUGCUAAAAGCUCUAAUAUGUCUCAAAACGAUUUCUUUAAUAAGCCUUUUCCUUGUAUGUCUAAGUACAAAAAUUAUAGAAAACUUAAGAGAACUGCUUUUGAUGAAUAUUCUACUAACAAUGUUGAUAAAAACAUUACUGGUUUAUCUGGUCUUAACAAAACUGUUAAUGAGGAUAUACUUGUUCUUGUUAAUAUCAUACACCGUAUCUUUUCAAAGUACAUUAUUGAAUUAUUCCAAAACACUAAACAGGUUUUGGAACAUAGUGAAAGAUUUAAUUCUUACUUUGAAAUAUACCAGAAAUUAUUUUCUUAUAUAACAAAGAUUAAGUCUGAGGUAGAUCAAGUCUGUGGUAGGAAAGCUUUCAAAGCAUAUAUUAAAAAUUUACAAGGGAAAAGAGCCAACAGCAGUAGUAAUAAAAGAAACAGAUCUAAAGAACAAAAACAUGAUGUUUUGGAAGAUGAAUCAGUUUGCUCAUUAAGUUACAGUUUUGAGAUUGUUAGAAAACUCGAUUAUUUGUUCUUUGAAAUGAUUAAAAGUUACGAAAGUAGUGAACAAUUUAAAAGGAUUCAAUUAAACUCUCCUGAGUAUCUUUUAAGAUCAACAUAUUGUUUCUCAAAGAUUCUCUUUGAAAAUAACUACAAGGAUAUCCCAAAUGAAUUAAUAAUAAAAGCUGUUCUUUUUAAUUCAGUUAUUAAUAAGUAUCAAACAAGUACUGAGAAAUCUAUAAAAUCUGAAUGCUUUAAAGAGUUGAGAUAUGGAGAUCUUUCUCAACUUGUGGAUCUUGAAAGCAAUACUCAGAUUUGUGAAAGCUAUUCUACUUGUAUGUUUAAUAAGGAGUCUUUGAAUAUCAGUGUAGACCUUUUUAAAAGGCUUUCAAAUAUUGACAAAGAAGGAGGUUUUCAUGAGAAAUCUGGACUAAUUAAAGAGAUGUGUAUAUAUUCAGACAAGAUUUUAUCUCUAAAUUUAAUUAAAAGUAAUACAAAAGAAUCCAAUACUGAGGCAAUAUUUACAAGCUGUCAGGGGUUCCGUCUUUUACAGCUUUCUCUUAGAACAUCACAACUCCAACAAGAAGUUUCUAUUUUCAAAUUUAGACAUACACUUGUGGAUAAGAAUGGUAAUUCUUAUUUCAUUCCAGAUUCUUCCACUGUUAGUUAUUUAUUAAUUAAUGAUUUUUGUAUGGAUCCUGAAAUCACACCGCUUAUUCAGUGUAAUUUUGAUUGGGAAGCAUUUCAGAGUUUAGAGGAGUUAAGAAAAUCAGGAAAAGGAGACAAAUACAAAAGAUCAACUAAUUUGAUUAUAUUACAUGAUGGAUAUAUUAUAAACACUCCUUUAUACUUUAGAGAAAAUACAGACUUUGAUUUUGUUUCCCUUUCUAAUGGAGUUUUAUUUGCUCGUAUUUUGGAUAUGGAUAAUAAAUCUAACUUAAGACUUACUUAUUUCAAUGGACUUCCAUUUCCAUAUCAUAAUAAUAAUGAGGAUUUAAAGAGGAAAAUUUGCGAAAAGUACCCAAGUAAGUUCACUUAUAAACCUGAAUCAUCUAAUCCACAGAAGGUAUUGGUAUUAAAGCUUAGCUAUGCUUCAAGUCCAAUUUCAUUUAUAGUAGAUGGUGAUUACUAUGAUAAUAAGACUUUGAUUAGAAACUCUAGAAUUUACAAAGAAAAGUUUUCAGUAAUAGACACACCAGGAUUAUCUAUACCUUUGACUCCCUCUAUAAUUCAAAUUGAAAGUACCAGUAGAUCAAAGUCAGUAUGUAACUCAAUAUUAUUUCCUUACAUGAUGAUCCAAGAGUUUGUGAAUCCUAUUAAUUAUGAUGGUGAAAAGAAUACAGUUUCUUUUCCUAUAAACACAAUGAGUGAUAUUAUAUAUCCAACAGAUCUUGAAGGUGUAGUAGAUAAGAUUUUUGAGGUGGAGCCUUUAGCUUUAAAUUUUAUUGUAACAGGAAGAGGUCAUAAAUUUCUUAGAAUGAUUUUAAAGUCAACUUAUUAUUUAGGGUACCAUCUUUUAACAACUUUAUUAUCUUUUUGGACAGGAGGCACUAAGUUCCAUCAACAUUGUGAUAUGCAUCAUGCAAAUAUCCUUACAAGAUUUCCAUCUAGUUGGAAUAAAUAUAGUUGGAGGAAGUAUUUAAAUAAUGUUUUAAAGCAUUUAGACCAGAGAUAUUUUACUAUAAUAGAUGUAGAUUAUUCUUAUGAGAGUGAUAUGAAGAUCACAAACUUGGAAGAGGACAUAGAGAGGCUUCCGGAUAAGAAUCCUUGCCAGCAUCCAUCAGUAAUAGAGAAUAAUUUUCAGGUAUCUAGGAAUGACUACGAGAGGAUUAUGGAUCCUUUAUGUAGUUUCCAUAUGUCUCUUCGUAGGUUCUCAGAGGUUAUUUCAGAUUCAUAUCCUUCUAAGACGAUUUUUUCUGACUUUUCAUCAAAUUACCAGGACAUUAUGAAGAUUCACAACCAUACUAUGGAUUAUUGUGACGAGAUGAAGAAUAUUACUAAGGAUCUGAACGACAAGGGAGAAAAUGAUCUGAGUUCAGGUUUUAGGAUAAUUCAGAAUUUGAGAAAGGUGAUUUGGAACUCCAUUCUCGCACUUGAGCAAUUUGAAGUAAAUGAUGGCGAGGAUUUGGGGCAAAAGGAUUUGCUUAGCAGAUUUCUCUUCUCUGGAUCAGACUUGAACUUAAGCUCGGAUUCGAGCUCAGGCUCAGGCUCAGGCUCAGGCUCAGGCUCAGGCUCAGACUCAGGCACAGUCACAGGCACAGGCUCAGGCUCAGGCUCAGGCUUGGACUUGGACUCAGACUUAUACUCAGACUCGGGUUCGAGCUCAAGCUCAAUCUUAGAAUCAGACUCUGCCCUAACAUCAGGCCUAGGAUCAAGCUCAAGGAAUCUAAGGAGAAUAGAGAUAUCAAAUAGAGGGAGUAUUAGUAGUGAAUCAACGCCAGUUUCAACAGAAAUGGUAUUAAAUCUAAAAAAGGAAAAGAUUUCUUUACCAAAUUUCACUGUAAGGCUGAUACCUACAAUGCUCCCUUCAAUUCCAGAACAAACUCUGAGCUUUUACUGUAUUGCAGUCUCUACCAAAAAGCUUUUGGACAUACCAUCCUUAAGGUUUACUGACUUACUUAACUUCUUACUACAAAGGUCUUCUCUUGAGGGUUAUAUUAGACAGGUUCAUUUUGGUUCAAGCUUCGAAGAAUUUGAACCAACAAGGAACAAACUCCAAUCUGUUGAACAUUUAAAGUUGGAAUGUAUGAAGAAUCCUGAGAAUAAAAGUAUCAUUUUGAGAAUGAUGCCUUUACUGUAUUCUAAUCAAGAUAUGAUUUGCCCAAAAAAUGUAUGUAUUUCAGUUAAACAUUAUGACAUUUUUGAGUCAAUGGUAUCUGUUUUCAGAUUCCAUUUGAACCAUUUAGUUUCUACAGUUUAUCACUUGGGAGAUUCUUAUAAAAGUAUUGAAGACCGAAUGAUAAACAUUAAAGUUUGGAUAGUGGAAAGGGAUCCAAUAUCAAACAAAUCUGAAAAGAAGCUUUUGACAUUAAGUUUAGACCAAAUCAAUUCAAUAAUCGAACUUUACCAUUUUUGUGUUAGAGACAGGUUUUAUAGUUCCUUAUCCUAUGGACAGCUUAAAUGUAAAACUAUUCCAGAAUUUGAUAAAUAUGGUAAAGACUCUAAUGGACUUUUAAUAUUGGAGUUUUCUUCUAUAUUUAAUGAAUAUUAUAGCUACAUUAUAUUUCCCUGGAUCUACAACAGUAACUUUUCCGUUUUUGAAUCAGAAUUUUCCUAUAAGGAAAUAAAUGGUAUUUCCGUGAUUGGCCUUGUAAAUUCUCCAGAAAUUUCUAGAGACAUAAAUAAUAAAAUCUCAGAAUAUAAUGAGGUAUUUAUUCAUAAAGGAAACACAUGUAUUUAUAAUUACAACUCUAGAAUAGUUGAAUAUAAGGCUCCACCAAGUGUUAUUAAAAAGGUUUCAGAAACACAUGAACACUUAUAUAGAAGGAGUUUUAAUGGAUAUGACAAUAUGGAAAUGAAUAAUUUAUUAGUAUUUUCUUUAAAGGAAAAUAAAGUUAGUUUUUAUGCUUGGCUAAAGGAUAUAAUAGAUAAGAUAGAAAUUGUUAACGAUAAGUAUAAUAAAUCAGAGAAAGUUACUUUCUCUUCUAUUCCAAAGUUCCAUCAAACAGAGAUAAUUACUUUAACUGGUAUUAUAGUUAAAACCUUUAAAUCAAUUUGGAUUCCUAACCCAGAAUGUAAACAUUAUAGUAGAUUGAAAACGGUUUGUUUUCCAAUGUUUUGUGGGUUAUCUAGUAAGAACAUAAUUUUAAAUUUGGACAAAGAUAAGAGAGUUAAAGGCAUUAAGUUUUUAUUUGGCCAAGAUAUUAAGGUAUUGAAUGCUUACAACGAAGUUAAUAAUUUUAACAAUGAGGCAGCCGGAAUCUCAGUUAGUGACGGUGGGUCUUCUGAGGUUGAAUUGGUUAAUUUUAAUCAUACUUUACCAAAUAACUGUAAUGGCAAUUUUGAUGAAGCUAAUGACAUGAUCACUGUAGCAUCCACUUUGGAGUAUUUGACUACAAUCAUUGUUACGGAUGGUUCCUUGGAUCCAUUAAAACUUUUUUCUUCAAAUAGUGGUGAUACUUAUUACAAAUACUUUAAAAUGACAUUAGAAGAGAUCAUAUGGAAUAUAGAAAAGUCUUGUGAGUUAUUGCAAUCUUAUUCAGGGUCAAAGAACCAAAUUUGUUAG